AUGGCAGAAGGGGGCUGUGCAAAGACCGAAGAGGAAGAAGCCACGGGCUCAGAGGAGGAUCUGGGUUCGUCUCGUGGCAGCGGCGUGUGUAAAUGGUUCAACGUCCGGAUGGGUUUCGGGUUCCUGUCGAUGACCAACCGAGAUGGGACUCCGCUCGAGGAGACUGUCGAUGUAUUCGUUCAUCAGAGCAAGCUGCACAUGGAGGGCUUCCGCAGCCUGAAGGAGGGCGAGGCGGUGGAGUUUACCUUCAAGAAGUCGUCUAAAGGCCUAGAGUCUGUCACGGUGACGGGGCCAGGGGGAGCACAGUGUGUGGGCUGUGAGAAGACACCUAAGGGGCAACAGAAACGGCGCUCCAAGGGGGACAGAUGCUACAACUGUGGAGGACCUGAACACCAUGCCAAAGAAUGCCAGCUACCUCCUCAGCCCAAGAAGUGCCAUUGCUGCCAGAGCAUCAGCCACAUGGUGGCCAACUGUCCAAUCAAAGCACAGCAGUCCUCCCCUGGCUCUCAGGGAAUAGCAUCAUCAUUGAGGGAUGAGAAAGUGGAGCAGAGCCACGCCCCCUUACUCCCCAGGGAGAGUUCUGAUUGAUCCAUUCAAGAAUUCAGCCAAUCACAAGGUUUCAUUGUAAUGCUGCUGUUGGAACUACAUCAGGCUGUCUUUAUUUAUCGAACGAACAGCAAGAAAAUUGUACUUUUAUUGAUGCGAUAGUUGAGAUUGAGAGUUAGCUCUGUGUUUUAAUGCACAGAGAGACACAUCUAUCCACCUUCUUUGCAACUCAAAUACUUUUAAGUAAUUCCUUUUUCUGUCUAUGAAGGUAUUCUUUCUGCAUUAGAUAAAGAAGUGUCUUAGCUUCACACUGAAACAAUCAAAACUCACUGUGUUUACAAACUGCAAUAAGCCUUGUAUUGUCAGUUUUUACCACUGUACCUAUGUGCACUGAUCGUUUUAUUUUCCCUGCUGCAGCUAAAUCAGAGUUAGCCUACGUUGAUUUUACUGGAGAUGAUCGUGAGUGUUUUCCUCAAAAUCUUUUGUUAGAAAAAGGUCAAGAAAAUACAAUCAUCCAAGUGAAUGUACAGAAAUAGAUUGUUUCUUGGUCAAAAAGGAGUGUGUCUUUCUGCUUAUUGAAAUCUUCUUUGGGUAUUAUAAGUCAUUGUGUAUUUCUUCAGCCAAGUGAAUGUUUUAACCCUUUCUGCUGUAUGAAUGUUGGUACACCAUGGUUGCCGAUAGGACUGUGUACAAUACAGCUUGUCAUAAGUGCCAUAGCCUGGCCAUUUGUCUCAUGGGUGGUUGGAUGUUGCCUCCUCCCAUGCAUUUUACAAAGCUUUAACUCAAGGCUAAUUGCUAGACCAGCGUUGAUUGUAUGACAGACUGUGUCUUUCUGUCUGUCCCAUAGCUUUUACUAUGGCUGUAGACAUGGCUUUCUAACAUAUUCUACAUAUUAGGGGUGUUCUCAUACCCUGCCCAAUACAUUACCUGUUUAUCAUUGUCUCGUUGUACUUGGAAACUAUUUAGACAAAAUGUGCUUUCUUGGAUGGAGCUGAGUGUUUUUUCUUCAAGGUUAUAUUUUCAUGAUUGAGUGCAAUGAUAAAGGGACUCAAGUGUUGAAUAAGAUGGUUCUAAGUGUAGUCUUCAUUCCUCUUUUACAGAGGUGGCUGGAAUACUUUACACCACUUAAAUGGAUAAAGAUAUUGUUAUCUUUUUUAUAUUUAUUAUUUAUUCAUUGUCUUAAUUCUCUAAACCUCUAAUUGAUCCAGUAUUACAAUUUCUAGCUCAUUUCUGUUUAAACUGAAACUGGCUUUGGUUGUAGGCUCUUUAGAGCUUCAUGGUCGUAUUUAGGGGCUUCAUUUUCAGUUGACUUCGUAAUAUGUUGUGCGUAAACCAUUGCAACAAUACUCUGCACUAAUCAUGUGUAGGAGUAUUGGCAUUUCUUAAAGAUACUUAAUUACUCAUUGAUCCUUAUGAUUGUAGCUAGGGUUUAGUUUCUCUGAAAUCCUCAUGUUGAACUCAGGGAAACCCCUUUAAAGAGGAGCUACUUUGGAAGGAGGGGUAAAGUGUAUUAUGUGUGUACCUAUAGCCUAUCGGCUGGGUUGCCGGAAAACCCAUGCAGAACAUUGAUUGCCAAAAGAGCCAAAAGGGCAAUGCACUAUUUACACAUUGCUAUGACGUUACAGUAGUACAGCUAGCUAUAUUUAAUGUUAUAUCCUAGUUUUGCUCUCUUUUUCUGAUUUAAUUGGUGAACAAGUUGUAAGACAGCGUAGGUAUUAGAGAAUAAUGAUAUUUCCUUAGACACCCUAAGUUACUUCUCCGGUCUCUCUCUGGAAGUGGCACAAGACCAGUCUGAAGCACCAAACCAUCUACCUCCCCACUUUCAGUGGUUAUUGUAAAUAUACAGCUUCGUCACAAUAUUAAUAUAAUGUUGUUUAGUCCCGUGUUUACUUUGCAUGGUAGUCAGUCAGUAGUUAGAAUAGAGUAGACUCGCCUCUCCAUGUAGGAACUACAGAAUGGGCGCCUUUGUAGACAAAGCAUUUUGAUGACCAGGGUUGGACUGGCCGGUCCAUUUUUAGCCCAGUGGGCCUAUCUAACUUGGUUUUUUUGGGCAAAAUGAUCAUUAUCCGGUUAAUAAUGGGCGCCUUGAGGGAAUAAAUGGGCCAGUGUGGGGGUUCAAGAAAAAUAUAUGACCUUGUCUAUGACCUUUCAAGAUCUUGUGUUGAUGGGUAAUGACAUUUGCCAUUUGAUGUCACACAGUCAUACGGGUUUGAGCCUAGUAUUUUAUCCCUUAAUUUAUUUAGGCUGUAAAGUCCAGACAAUGGGUUUAAUCUUUUUAUUUUAUUUAGAGUGGGUCGUGUUUUUUAUAUUACAAUGUUCUUACUAUAUGAGAACAAGACAGCAAUGCCUUGUCAAGAAUCUAUACAAGUCUACCUCAGGAUGUUUUUGAAAAUGGACAAUGACAGAGUUUUUUUUAAUCAAGAUGAAUUUGUCCAUGAAUGUUGUGAGAUUUGUUUGAAUGAUUUAUUUUAUGUCAAUGUUUUAUUUGUUUCAGUUUGCAAUGCGAUGUGUUCUACCUCCCACAGAAAUGCUGUUGAAUGAUUGUUUACUGCUUUUAUUUUCUGUGAUUAAGCAUUGUCUGCACCAAUACAUCACAGACAUUUCUGAACUAUUCUCUGCAUUGAUAUUAUUUUGUGUAUGUAUAACAUGAUAAUACUGAACUCAAAGCAGGAGGGGUAUAUUACUCUGCAUGUAGGUGACAACAGCGCCUCUUGAACAAAUCACCUUAUCUAUACUUACCAGGACAGGCAAACGCCCUAACAACUUCAAGCAGCCUCACUAAACCCCUGACAUCUCUGUUGUGUUUCUGCAGACGUGUGACACUAGGCCUACUUAAAUACCAAAGCAUCAAAUAUAAACAUAUUCAGCAAAGGCUGUGGGAAAAAUACCAGUAUUUACUGUCAGAAACACAUUUGUUAAAUUUUGUGACAAAUCUGCCACUGAUCUUUUGAUACAUUGUAAUGAGUUUGUGUAAGUUAUGCUUUUGCAUAUGUUUCUUUCUUAUAUGAGUUGAAAGUAUGGUUAAAGAAAUUCUGAACCAUUCCUCACAAAAUGAAUACCCACCUCUUUUCCCUCAUCUAUUCUUUCUUGUCACUAUCUCAAUUAGGCCUAUAUGUCAGUAUUCAAUGCAUAGAGGUAAUACACAGUGCCUUCAGAAAGUAUUCACACCCGUUUACUUUUUCAGCAUUUUGUGUUAAAGCCUGAAUUUACAGUGGAUUAAAUUUAGAUUUUGCAUUACUGGCCUACACAAAAUACCCCAUACUGUCAAAGUGGAAUUAUGUUUUCAGAAAUGUUUACAAUUUAAUUAGAAAAAGCUGAAAUGUAUUGAGUUAAUGAGUAUUCAAACCCUUUCUUAUGGAAAGCAUAAAUCAGUUCAGGAGUAAAAAUGUGCUUAACAAGUCCCAUAACAAGGUGCAUGGACUCACUCUGUGUGCAAUAAUAGUGUUUAACAUUAUUUUUGAAUGACUACCUCAUCUUUGUACCCAACACAUACAAUUAUCUGUAAGGUCCCUCAGUUGCGCAGUGAAUUUCAAACACAGAUUCAAACACAAAGACCAGGAAGGUUUUCUAAUGUCUCACAAAGAAUGGCUGCUAUUGGUAGAUUGGUAAAAAAACAGACAUUGAAUAUCCUUUUGAGCAUGCUGAAGUUAUUAAUUACACUUUGGAUGGCGUAUCAGUACACUCAGUCACUACAAAGAUACAGGCGUCCUUCCUAACUAAGUUUCAGGAGAGGAAGGGAACCGCUCAGGGAUUUCACCAUGAGGCCAAUGGUGACUUUAAAAUAGUUACAAGGUUUAACGGCUGUGAUAGCAGAAAACUGAGGAUGGAUCAACAACAUUGUAGUUACUCCACAAUACUAACCUAAAUGACAGAGUGAAAAGAAGGAAGCCUGUACAGAAUAAAAAUAUUCCAAAACAUGCAUCCUGUUUGCAUUAAGGCACUAAGGUAAAACUGCAAAGAAUGUGGCAAAGAAAUGAACUUUUAGUCCUGAAUACAAAGCAUUUUGUUUGGGGCAAAUCCAACACAUCACUGUGUCCCACUCUUAAUAUUUUUAAGCAUGGUGGUGGCUACAUCAUCAUCUGCAAUGACUAGGGAGUUUUUUGGGGAUAAAAAGAAAUGGAAUAGAGCUAAGCACAGGCAUAAUCCUAGAGGAAAACCUGGUUCAGUCUGCUUUCCAACAGACACUGGGAGAAAAAUGUAUCUUUCAGCAGGAUAAUAAUCUAAAACACAAGGGCAAAUAUACACUGGAAUUGCUUACCAAGACAACAUUGAAUGUUCCUGAGUGGCUUAGUUACAGUUUGGACUUAAAUCGGCUGGAAAUUCUAUAGCAAGACUCGAAAAUGGCUCUCUAGCAAUGAAAACAAGCAAUUUGUCAGAGCUUGAAGAAUUUUUCAAAUUAUAAUUUUCAAAUAUUGUACAAUCCAGGAGUGCAAAGCUCUUAAGAGACUUAACCAGAAAGAAUCACAGCUGUAAUUGAUAAAUGUGCAAAGAAAUUCUAAAACCAUGUUUUCACUAUGUCAUUAUGGGGUAUUGUGUGUAGAUGGGUGAGAUUUAAAAAAAUAUUUAUGCAAUUUUGAAUUCAGGCUGUAACUCAAAAUUUGAAUAAGUCAAUGGGUAUGAAUACUUUCUGAAAGCACUGUAUGACGCACAAAACAAACAAUAGGCCUCAUAUUGUGUGUUACUUGAUUUCUCUGCUUUGCUGUUUGUUAGACCAAAGAAUGUAGCUAUGUUGACUGUUAUCACCAACCACAGAAUGUGGUACAGUAGGCCUAUAGCUCACUUUGACAAACCAUGUACUAAGCUGUAUUACAAACUGAGUUGCGAACCAGACAUAGUAGUGUUGACACAUGCAUAAUUGACUAGCCUGUUAAUAAAAAUAUAUCAAUAUGA